AUGCCCAGGCACACCAGUCUCCCUCGCGGCCCAGAGGGUACCAUCUACGAGGCAAGCGGAUUCAACAACAAUUUAAGGAUUGAGAUCAAUCCCACAAAGAUUAAGUUUAUCAAAGAGCUGAAAACAUCGGAGGCAUUAUUGAUAUUUCAUGUGAACUAUGAUGACAUGCCCCGUGUUCUGAAAGUUUUCCACAACAAUGAAGAUGCUGGGUAUGCUGAUGACAGGGUCUGUGACUUGAAUCACGCUCGCUGCAAAAUCCGGGCUUAUUGCAGCCUCAAGCGAUCUGGCAUAUGCAAUGGGGGCUAUGUGCCACAGUUUUAUGAAUACACACUAUCCUUGCGCUCAACUGUCCUUGCCCCUCAUCUGAAUGCCUUUCAACGCGAUGCUGGCCUCUCAAGUGCAAUUUUGAUGGAAUUCCUGCUGAACCCUUUGAUAGUGAACUGCAUCACUUAUAGCAAAGAGCAAAUGACCAAGGCAGUCAAAGGCAUUCAACAGAUACAUUCAGCUUUAGUUGAGCACAAUGACCCUUAUCUCAAAAACAUUAUGAUUGUUCCUGAUGACUCGGAAAGAGUUGUGUGA